ACCUGCCACGGGUGACGUCGAGGAACGUCCGUGACGAGGUCGAUCGUGUCUGCGCCUGCGGGCAUGAGUGACGUCACCGGGGUCGAGGUGGACACCUUGCAGGCCCGUUCUCGAUACGUGGCCGCGUGUCCCGCAGCACAAUAUGCCGCAUACAGCGAGCUGUCAAUCAACCUCAUGCGCUCCGUCGCGUCGGGUGGACAGAAGACCUCGCGUCGAGUCCGGACGACGAUACCUGGGCACGCAUCGGGCGGGGGUAUCGACACGCGUCCAUCGCGAGGGGUUCCGCGGACGGUCAGCGCCCAACGCAGCGCACGGGGGUGCUCGAUCUCGUGCAGUCCGGAGGACGUUGUGUGUCAGCCGGCACGGUGCGGUGCACUGUAGUGCGCGACGUCGUCGCUUUUUGGUGCGCCUGCGACAGACACGCCGCAGGGAUAGUCUUCGAGGUUGGCGGCGCACGGCGUGGCCCGGGGACUCGGACGGCGACGUCCCCAUCCGGUCGACGGAUGACGGGAUACGACUCGGCGUGGCUCGUUGGCAGUGGCCCCGGUGGAUCCCUCCCCGACUCGUACGUGGUCGACGCACACGGGCUGGGAGGAUUCGGCCCCGUGUGUGUAGUGGGGGAUCUGCCUGCCAGUGCGUGGCUGCCCGGCAUCCGCGCCAGGCAUGCCACCGCACAGAGCUGUCGAGGCCACGGAUCCGGAAGACACGCCCUACCAGACGGUCCAGGAGAUGGCAAGCGUUGUCCGUCCGAUUAUGGGCGUCUGCUGAUCUACGACGGCCUCGCUGGCGAUCGGAGAGUGUGCGGGGAGAGGGCGUGUGACGGGGGAAGACGGACUCGGCGGCGAGGGUGCCCCAGGGACGCUGUGUGCGGGUAGGGCUUUCUCUGUCUCCAUGUCAGGCAGUCCUGCUGAGCCCCGUCUUGACGAUCACUGCGGGGACCGACACCGUGACUGGGAUCAAUGGCAGGCCCAGCUUGACGGGCUUGCUCUGCGCGGCGUCAACCUUCCCCUCG